CGGAUAAAGAAUGGCUGCAACUAUGCAGCUGUGUCCAAGUCUAGUGAGUUUUCGGGGUUCUGAGGGGGAAGCGAUCGUUAAAGAAGUCAUCUUUGGAAUUGAGCUAGCUCCUGGAUUCUUCAAUUUAGUUAUACAUUGCAGCAAUGCGAUCGAGGGAACAUCUUUCACCGAUGCUGCCAUCUCCCUCCGAGGACUCGUGGAAACACAGAGAGCUCUUAAUAAAGAUUACAGAGAUGGGAUUCCAAAAGUUGGACUGGUUAAAAUAAAAGACAUUCUUAACAUGCAUGUUUUUGAGGAAUUUCUAGAAGAUGGAGUAAAGGGCAUAGAAAACAGCUCUGCUGCUUACCAGCAGGCAUUUCUGACAUUGUUUCAUUUCCUGGACGAGAAAAAAAAGCAUGAACAGGCCAUUGAGAAACUCCUAACAAGCGUGCCUCAAACAAGCAAAAGUAAAGAAACAAUCAUGGUUGCCUUGGCACAUCACCUGUUUUCUCAGUUGGUACCAGGGAACAAGUACGAGGUUGAUAAAUAUGCAAAUCAGCUUCCAAAAGAAUGUGACUGUGGCUGUAAGGCCAUGAUUUGUAAAGGAGACACUUCAGUCGGUUCAGAUGGAACAUGGCAUGGCAGAGUAGAUAUUGUUUUGAACCAUACAAUUGCUGUGGCAGUCCUGAAAGAUCAACCAAAUAGUGAUGACGAAGAUGAAUAUAAUGAUACAGAUGAAGAAGGACCGCCAAGUAAACAGAGGAAAGCCUGUAAAAAUGAUACCGUUCUUCUUGAACGAAAAGUCUUAAAUAAGGUUUUAGCUGAAGCCAUAACAAAUAGCUUUGCUCAAGUCAACAUUCAUGAAAAAACACUGUCACAUUUUUUAAUUCCAACUUUUGGAGCUACAUCAGAACAUAUUACGAUUUGUUUAUAUGAUUCUGAGAAUGACUACUUACUGCACAUUAAGGAUGAACUUUUAUUAUGGAAACCCAUUGGUGUGGCAAAACAACUCAAUGUUCGAACUUUAGUCGUCAUUUGGCUUUUCUUAAAUUUCACUAUUUUUACGCAUAAAAAACUGCACACUCUCAUAAAUCUUGACAAAUCAGGCUUGCAUGAUGAAUUAUUGGAAUGUUUAGAGCUUUACAAAAACACAGAAACAAAAGGAAAGUUUGUUUCUUCAGAAUCUUCUGAACAGCUUUGGAAGAGUAUGGCCCCUGCAGUCAAACACCGUAAAAAACUUCAGUGAAAGAUCGGACCACUGGCCUGUUGCCCAUGAUUUUGCUUCAGAUAAACUUUAAACAUUGUACAGUUUUGCAUGAAAGGUCAUUACCCUAAAGAAUGGAAUAAAAACAAGGAUAAUAAGGAUAUAGAGAAAAUCAGUCUAGUUAGUGUCUUCUGUGAAAAACACAUCAUUUUUGCCUUCAGCAUUUGAUAGGUAUAUGUAAAAGGACAAUGUUUUAGCCCAACACCACUAGAUGGUGGGUUGUUCAAACUGUCCUGUGUCUGUGGUUCAUUAUCCUUCCGUCCAUUAUACCAUAGAUCGUCGAUCAUCAGUUCUUACAAGACAUGUUACAACUAUUUCUUGAGAAGCACUUGGUGGCCAUUUUGGAUUUUGACAAUGAAAAUUUGAUAUUGAUAUUUCUUGAGAAGUGCAGAAUGGAUCUUUUCCAAAUAAUGGUAUGUCCGACUUGGGCACUUUUAGUGUUCUUAUAAUUUUGAGACUUAUAAGAAAAACAAAAUGACUGAAAGGUAGCCAUCUUGGAUUUUGACAUUGAAAAUUUGUUAUCACCAUUUAAUUGAGAAGAUUUUAUCUGUAGGUUUCACUUGGUCCAUAGUUGUGCUCUUUUCCUUUUGGCAUUGAUCAUAAAAAUAUGACUGAUAGGCGGCAAUCUUGUUUUUAUUAUAGAAAAUUGUUAUCAAAAUUUUUGAGAAGUACUGGAUGGAUCUUUCUCCAAUUCCAUUUGUAUUAUGUUCCCCUUGAUUCCUAGUGUUUCCCUUUUUGAUUUUGGGGCAGAUCAGAAAAUCAUAAUUGCUGACAGGUCACGGGCCAUCUUGGAUUCUGGCAAUGAAAAUUUGUUUACUAUUUAAAUUCUUGAAGCGCAGAAAAGAAAUUUAUGAAACUUGACGUUUAUGCUAUCUUCAGUCUUUAUGGCAUGGUGCAGCGUCCGUCGUCUAUCCAUCUCUGUCCGGCAUCCGGCAACAUUUUAUUUAAAUCCCUACUUGAACGGAUUUUGAUAGAAUCUGGUCUGGAACAUUACUGUGCAAAGGAGAUCAAACGUUGUAUAAAGGGAGGAUGUACGUACUUGGCUCCUCUGGGGCGGGAGGGGCCAACUACGAUAAAUUGAGGUAAAUCCUUUAAAUCCCUACUAGUCCUGAAGGCCUGAAUGGAUUUUGAUAAGUGACAAGUGUCCUAUUCACGAUCCGCCAGAUUAACAAGAUGAGAAGGGGAGACCAAAAACAGUGAACGGUACUUAUUACGAUGGAUGGGUGUUUGUCAACUCUACAGUACGGAAGCCGGUAAGUGCCACAUAAAGUAAACUUUUUAUGUCUUAAUUACGACUUGCGACAUACAACAUCAUGUAAGUCAUAAAUAAGAGAUAACUAAGUUGUCAUUAUGACACACUAAGUCGUAAUUACGACUUAAAAAGUUUACUUCAUGUGGCAUUAACUGGCUUCUGUACUCUAGUGUAGGGUACUACCUACUGGUACAGAUCUAGAGGUAUCAUUGUGUUGUUCAGACGGCUCCACAAGGUCUGUACACAACAUUCUGGCGUUAUCUGUAUUUUCAGAAAAGACAUGGCAAACUGUCUUGUCAACCACGCUUUUAUGUUUGUGUGGGCUGCGACCAAAGGUUUCACCAAACUAUGCUUGUAAAGCGUGUUUCAGAUUCAACUGAUUUUAUAUAAAAAUACAAUGACAUUAAAACAAAAAUUGGUAUAAUAUAUUAAUUCAUGACAGUUUUACUUGUUUUGUUUUUGAAGAAACAUAGAACAUAUAUUUUGUAUGAGCAUCAGUUCUUCAUUCAUAUAAAAAAGUACUGGUUACACGUUAGUUGGCCUCAUCAUUUGUAUAAAUUUGAAUCCAAGCAACCUAGGAAUGUUAACACUAAAAUAUCAAUGUCAUACAUUGCUUACAGUAGUUCCAGAGAAGAAGUCUUUAUUAUCAAUAUUGCUAAAUGGACCCAUUUUGACCCCGCCCCUCAAGCUUCUUGGGAGGCCAGCCCCAUCAUUUGUAUAAUUUAGAAUCCCAGCUCCAUUGGGAUGCUUCCUACCAAAUUUGGUUGAAUUCUGAUUGGUGGUUAAAAAGAGAACUCAAUUGUUGAUGGACGGACGCCACGGUAUGGCAUAAGCUCACCUUGGUCCUUUGGUGCGAUAACAAAUGUAGUAUGAAAAAGCUUCAGGUGUACAUGUAUUUAUACCUAUUUAUUUUGUUUGGUAUAAUCAGAGACGUAUAAUUAUGCGAUAUAUACAUGUACAUCUUUGGUAUAAUCCAUUUUCAGUAAAUUAUCCAGCAGCUUGAUCAUUUAAUUUAUACUCCCACACGAUAAUAACUCACUUUUCCUCAUCCUAUAUUCAAUAUUUGUCGUGACCUUGAAUUUCUCCGGGAAUUCUCUUUUGUUUCAUCAGGAGUCUGGUAAUCACUGUAUCUUUAAGGGCAGGAAAAGGGAAAUGUAGGUGUCGUAAAGAGCUACUUCCUGUAAAGUUAUGAUAUUUUGGACUACAAGGUGAACGGUUUACUAGAGACAUCAUACUAAACUCGCUAUCACAGACAUAUGUCUUUUGUUUGGAUGGCGUUUAUACUUUAUAUUUUAUAUUUUCAGUGUAGAAUUUAAUCAAAAGAGUUUCAAAGAUUUUUUUCCCCCUAUUUGGUUCCAACUGGUUUACACACAGUUGAGAUUCCCUUCAUCUACAAUAUUUCCGAUAGAAAUAGACGAUACCCACAAAUUCCAACCCUCGACCCACCAAUUCUCUUCGCCCAAUGACGCUGGACGUUUAUCGCCGUCAGCCUAUACUCGAAUUGAAUAGAAUUAGCACCAACGUUAACGCUAUAGCAAAAUAUAUCCUAAGAGCAACAAAUAAAAAAAAAUCUUUAAAUGAUUCUUUAUAAGACCGAAAGAUGCUCAACAGCAGAGUUUGAGUACGAUGGUACAUUGUAUUUACAGUAUAAAAUUCAAGAGCUCAGAUUUUCGGAGGAUGGUAGAGGGUGCUACUUUUGGUAUUGUAUAAGAAGAUACAACAGUUUAUUCUUGUAUUCUAGUUAUCAUU